CUCUGGUCAUCUCCUGUAGUAUGUCUGCAGUCUAUGGUCAUCUCCUGUACUACGUCUGCAGUCUCUGGUCAUCUCCUGUUGUAUGUCUGCAGUCUCUGACCAUCUCCUGUACUACGUCUGCAGUCUGGUCAUCUCCUGUACUACGUCUACAGUCCUGGUCAUCUCCUGUACUGUGUCCGCAGUCUCUGGUCAUCUCCUGUGCUGUGUCCGCAGUCUCUGGUCAUCUCCUGUACUGUGUCCGCAGUCUCUGGUCAUUUCCUGUACUGUGUCCGCAGUCUCUGAUCAUUUCCUGUACUGUGUCCGCAGUCUCUGGUCAUCUCCUGUACAUACAGUCUCUGCAUCUCCUUUAGUACA